AAAAAAUAUGGUUUACAACUACCAAAAUCCAAAUUAAAAAAUGCCUUUAAUAACGAAGAUGAAGAUGACGAUAGUAAAUUUAAUGAAGAUGAAGACAGCGGUCAUAUAGAUUAUGUUAAACAGAAAAUGGGUACAAAUACAAAAGUAGAAAAAACUUUUAAUAAAGCAUUAGAAGAUGAUCCAACUGCAUUUGAAUACGAUUCAGUCUAUGACUCGAUUAAAAAAGAUAGAGAAAAGAAACAAACUCAAAUGCAAGAAAGAGAUUCCAAAAAAGAGUCAAGAUAUAUAGCAGGUUUAAUGCAACAAUCUCUGCAAAAGAAAAAAGACUAUGAAAGAGUAAAAGAAUAUAAAAUUCAAAAAGAGAGAGAAAAAGAAGGUGACCAAUUUAAAGAUAAAGAAGUUUAUGUAACAUCAGCAUAUAAAAAGAAAUUAGAACAAGAUCGUUUACAAAGGGAGAAGGAUGAAAACGAAGAACUAGAACAAUCAAAAAAAAAAAAUAUAGGUUCAUUUCAAAAAAAUAUGUUGUCUUCAAUUUAUGAU